AUGCCUUACCUCGCCAACUCACAGGACUUCCUCAAACAGUCCUCUCUUCUUCUCGAAGCCUACCCUCACACCACUCGCAUAACAGCAAAAUAUUCCUACCCCAAGCCCCCUAAAUCCAAAACUUCUACGAAAGAUGCCUCCUCCGCUGCUACAUCGAUACCGUCCUCCACCACGCCAGCCCCCGCAACGCUAACAUUAAAAACAUUUAACCCCCACAACGGUAUUUGUCUUAAAUAUCGUACCACAAAAGCAGCCGAAGUUGGCCGUUUAAUUGCUGGCCUUGGGCGUCUCGCGUCCGGUGCCCCAAUUGCCGACGCAGCGCUUGCUCCUGCACAGGUACCGGCGGAUUCGAUGACAAAUACCCACGCUGACGUAGAAAUGCUUGAUGUUUCUGCUACUCCUGGCUCAGGGGCUGGAGGAAACGGCAAUGAAAGUCAGGUUACCGGAAAAGGCAACGCGGGUGGUGGCGGAGGGGGAGGAGGCAAAAAGAAGAAGAGUGGGAAGGGUAAGAGAUGA